UGCUCGCGAUCUGUCAAAACAAAUUUCGUAGCGCGGUCGUGAGAAAAAGAAAUUUUGUGUUUUUGCUCGGUUUGCUGCUUAAAAAUAUAGGUUUUAGCAUCAUUGGAAGUUAUCAGUGAAAUCUCUUCUAUUGGGACGAUAUUUUAUGAAAGACCACACACACGAUGGCCACUAAACGAAAAGCGCAUGAUGAGAUUUUGGAAAUCCGGGACGACGACGACGAGGGUCAGGAUAGUGAUAACGAUGUCGAGAUUCUGGAACCAGUAAUUUCAACUGUAACCGUGGAGGACGAUGAUGAUGAUGAUGAAGCGGACGCUAGCGCUCCCUCUGUUCCCACGAAGGAGGAAAUGGAAUCCACCCAAUCGGAUAAGGCCAACACAAGUGAUGAAUCAACCAAGAUGACUACUCCAGAGCCUCCUGUAAUUUCGGGGGCAGAAAAUGUAGAUAAAAAUUUGACAUCCGCCUCAGUAGCUUCGCCUGUUGCGACGGGAACAAAACAACAAACAUCAGAAGCAGCUGGGGAAAAAAUGGACGACAGUUUGCCGCUUCUGAGUUUAAGGUUCCGGGACCAGCAACUUAUGUUUCUGUUCAAAGGAUCACUAUCGGAAUACUUGAAAACGACCUUCCAACUCAAACUGGGCGGUCAAGAAGUCGACGUCCAUCACAGUCCGGAAAUGGCCACCAUAAGUGUUAUGAAAAAAGGUAUUCCUCCUCCAAUUUCUCCACCGGAUCCGGUAGAGUGCAGCACUCCAAAACAAAAGGCACCAGAGCCGGAAACCCCCCAGAAAGACGACGGGCAACAGCAAUCGACCACAGCCGACACAAGUGACAUGUUCGUAGUUGAUUCUACCCCAGCGAAGACGGCAAAAGGUGGCCCGAUCAUUCCCAGCUACAAGAAGGCGCUGUCCAAGGUGCUGGACAAUUCACCGACUGCCGUUCCCAAAGAUGGAGCAAGCAAACGGCCGAAGCCGAGACAGGUUUGCUGGAACUGUGACGGGGAUCACAGCAUCCGAGACUGUAAGGAGCCGAAGAAUUACGCUAAAAUUAGUAAAAUGAAGCAGGAGUUCAUGAAGAAGAACGAACGGUAUCAUCUGGAUAUGGAGCAGAAGUUUGGACAUAUCACGCCGGGGCGAUUGUCCGACGAGCUGAGACAGGCCCUUGGGCUGGGAAAACGUGACCUGCCCAUGCACAUCUACCGAAUGAGACUCUACGGCUACCCACCCGGCUGGCUAGAGGAAGCCAAGAUUUCCCAAUCGGGACUGCAGCUGUUCGACUCGGACGGCACACCCGUUCAGGAAUCGGACGAAAGCGAGGGCGAAAUCGAAUCUACAAAGACCAAGUACGACGUACGCAAGAUCAUCUCGUUCCCGGGCUUCAACGUGGACGCGGGCAAGCAGUUCUUCGACGAUUCCAAGUAUCACGGUGUGCCACCUCGACUGGAGCAUCACAGCCGCGAGGAAAUGAUCCGCAAUCUGGAGGGUACGCUGGUCCAGGGCUACCGUCGAAAGAAGCUUCGGAUGACCAGCUCCGCUCGAAACGACACCGACCGGGAGGCUGCCGACAUGGAUCUGGAUAAUCAGGACGAAACCUUUAUGAUUGUGGAUUCUGUCGGAGAGUGUGACAAAAUAGGGGAGCCGCCGAAUAGUCAGGGUAGCUCGUUGCCGUCCUACAAUGGUACCAACGGACCGACGACGACGGCUGAAGUUUGCGACGAACCUGAGGAAGGGGAAGUAGACGAUGAUGGGGAAAUUGUAGGAAAUCCUGUGGCGAGCGCCGAGCAGUCGACAAAUGACGACACAAAGGAAGCUGACAACUCGGUUGAACAGGAAUCAGCGGAAAAGAAAACAUCGGAAGCAAGCGAACAAUCCGAAUCGAAAGGACCCAACGAUAGUGCUAAUGACGACAGCGUGAUUUUGAUAGAGGAAGAGACAGAAUUGAUAUGUUUGGAUGACUCGCGCUCGAUUUCCCCCUCACUAGAUGAUCUGAGAAAAAAACAGCUUGAAAUACUGCGGCAAUUAGAAAACCAAUCACCCUCGGUUGCGAACAAAUCCGAUGCAACCAUCAACGAAGAUUCGCUGCUGGACGAUGUGCUAAUGGCCGAACGGUUAGCCGAAGAGGAAGAAGAACAGCAGCAGACCACGAAGCAAUCCUCUACUCCUUCCUUGCCAUCGCCAGCUGCCAAAAUGGUCAUCAAUCCGCUGGCAUUCGUGUUCUCGGUUCCUGCCAUACCUCCCCUUCCCGCGGCUCCCCUUCCACCACCGGAUCAGGAUGGAUCCAGCGAGCGUCCUCCCGAACCUGAGUUUCUUAAUUUGGAGGAGAUUUCGAUGACGAAGGGUGUCUAUGUUGACGAUCCCGGUUCGAUGGGUUUAAAAACUAUGUCUUUAGGCACUCCGAUCUUGACGUCGUUUACUCCCUUCAAUCGGUUACCCUGUGGGGAAGCUUUUUCGAAAGGCGUUAGCGACGUUAUCAAUUUUGAAAAUCUGCCCAACAGCACCGGUAAGUACGAACGGAUGAAAUCGCUGCUAUCCAAGGUUCGAACCGUUAUAACGGCACACAAUGGGGACUCGGAUGAGGAAGCGAGAUAACAUUCGGAUGACAUCGGUUCCGGUAUGAGUGAAUCUGCUGCGUCUGACUGCGAGGAAGGCGAAAUUGUUUAAUUGAAUGAAUGGAAGCUUAAAAAAAUAAGUACUUUUACACUUAGAGCAUGUUUGAGAGAAAAUAUAUCGACUUGUGAGAAAGUUUAGACAUUCGAUUUAAGUGAAAAUUUACCCAUGGUAACUUUUAAACUAUUGAAGCGUAUAAGAGAAAGCGAGCAAUAAAAUGUCUAAAAACAAAA